CCAAAAGAGAAAAUUAUCCUUUCAAAAACCGCAUCAGUGAGAAGAAAUGAAUUAGCACUUGAAACAAUCACAUCACUGUGUGGAACCAAAACAACAGUUGUCGCAAUAACUACUACUUCAGAUGAAAGCACAACAGUCGUAAUUAUUUCUAUGGAAGAAUUAGGCAAAGUUGUAGUAAUUAAUUUUGUGGCAGAAGUUGCCCGAGUGGUUGUAUAA